AUGUCACAAGAUCGAUUAGUUCAAAGUAUCUCUGAGGCAAAGACCACCAUCGAUCUGUUUCUGGACAACAAAUUCGAAGAGGCCAAAUCACGUGUCAAUGAAUGCGGACAAAUGGGAAUGUACGAACAAUUGGCCCAUUCAACGGUCCUGUUUGUUCAGGCCACAGCAACCAUUGAACAUGAACAUUUGGUAACGGCGACUGAAAGCAUCCGAGCCACGUUGGAUGUGUGCAAUGCCAACAGACGAAAAGCUGCGUUUUCUGAAACCCUAACAAAACAGAUCGGCAAACGUCGGAUAGCAGUGUUCAAGGAUUACACAGAAGUUCAAGCGCACGCGGAGUUGUGCUACGCGGAAGGGCUACUUCAGUUGGCAUUUUUGAGCAUGCUCCAAGAUGAAAAACUCACAAGCUUGAUCCGAUCGUCACUAAAAAUACGACAGUGCUACAAAUGUUAUCGUAUUUGCUGGCGGAUACUGAAACAUCGGGAAUGGAGCGACGGCCUAAGCAAAUCAACUUUUGAGAGUGGAGUCCGUCUUGGUGUGGGUGCUUUUAAUAUGAUGAUUUCUCUCCUUCCCAAACGAGUUCUCAAACUGCUGGAAUUUGUUGGUUUCUCCGGCGAUCGACAAUUCGGUCUUCAACAACUUCGGAUAGGUGCAGCAAUGCGCGAAUCCCUUCGAGCGCCACUCUGUGCACUACUUCUUCUUGUCUAUGAUCUGUAUGCCACACAUAUGCUCGCUUUCGAAAAGCCAGAACAUGUUGUCGAGGCCAAGGCGCUGCUGACCUACUGGCGCAUGAUUUACCCGAAAAGUGCUAUUUUCAUGCUGUUAGCUGGUCGAUGUGAAGCAGUGGCAGGCGAUUUGGAAAAGGCGAUCGAGACGUUUGAGGAGGCCACGAAAUUGCCCUUAGAUUGGCCACAAUAUCAACAUGUCUGUUACUGGGAGCUGAUGUGGUGUUACGCACUGCGUGCAGACUGGAUGAAAGCGGUUCGGUGCGCGGAGAAACUGGUCAAAGAGAGUCAAUGGAGUCAGGCCUCCUAUCGGUACAUGAAAGCCGCAUUCCUACUACAAUGGCUUGAUGAUCCCGGUAUUAGAACCCCGAAGGCGGACCAGACCACGUUCCCAACCACCGAUUUCAGCCCCUACGAGACUCGAGAGAAAACGAUUGAACACAUUGAUCAGUUGUUGGUUGAAAUACCGAAGCUAAUGCAAAGAUUUGCCGGACGAUCACUGCCGCUGGAAAAGAUUGCCCUGCGAAAAUCGAAACGCUAUUUCUCCCAAAACAAACGACUCACACUGCCUGCUCUGGAACUUGUAUUUAUUUGGAACGGUUUCAAAAUGAUUCAAUUCCAGCAGGAAUCGAUCAUGUCCUUCCUGAUGAUUUGUGAAAAUAAGAUCAAUGAACUGGUUCAGUCAAAAGAAAAAUAUGAGACGUAUUACGACGACUAUUGUCUGGCCCUGUUGCUCAAAGGGGUCUGUCUUCGUUGUCGAGGUCAGCAGUUUCAAGCUUCAAUGUGCUUCCAGGAGAUAUUGCAAAUGAAGAAGAAGCUCAAGUUGGACACGUACUUGUUACCGUUCUGCGAGAUGGAAUUGUGUCAGCUGGCUUUUGAUGAUGGUGAUCUACAACAAGCAUCCAAGCACUUGGAACGUGCCCUGUGA